AUGGAUGUAGAUACGCCAGUUGCAAAUACGCCAACCGUUCGGGCGAUAACCAAUGUGCCACGCAACGGGUCUGCCCCAGCGCCCCGAACGGUAGUUGCAACAGCAUCGGCUGCUGCUCCGGCAACCACGCCAGCAACCGCACCGGCAACAACGCCGGCACCUGUACCGGUAACCGCGCCUGCAGCGGUACCUGCACCCGCGCCUCGUGGUGGCACCCGACCACCACCGAUCACAUCGAGGACUUCGGAGACCCGUCAGAUAAGGCCGCAUCACACGCUGCUAUAUAGCAGCGCGGCACGCGAAGUGAAUCGGCCACCCAUCCAGCGCGGCCGCAUACCCCGCUUCCAACCCGCAGCUCGUGGCGCACCCCAGCAAAGCGGAACCUCGUUGCGGCGUCGGCAGGCUGGACCACCACCUCGUCGGUCUACGGGGCUGAGCAGCGUUGUGGCAACACGUACAUACGAGUAUCAACCACAAGUAUCCCGUUUUGAAUUCGUUUCGCCAACACAAAGG